GAGGGGUGUGUGAGAGCACUAGUUAUUGGCUCCCGGCCUGUAAAAUAGCACGUGGGGAUGUGGGAUGUUUACACACCGCUUCCUAAUAAAGUACCGAACGCUGUGGCGAAAUACUUCAGCAGAGAGGGAAGGGCUGGUCGACUGCAUUAUACCAAGGAUACAGACAGGAGAGGAAACUAUAAGACAGUGUGUUUGCUGCAGCUCAGCGGUUUCACGUCAAUGUAUCCUGUCACGUUGACAUGAUCCUAUAGUUCUACAUGACUUCUGUCUUUAACCGGACAAUAUGAGGAUUUAUUCCGUCUGCAUGUUGUGUUUACUAAUUAUUAUAUCAUCAACAGCAAGUUCUCCAGGCGGUCAACCCAUUGUGGCCUUAGUUGGUGAUGACGUCAUCCUGCCUUGCACCCUGAGACACACCGUCAGUGCUGUGUAUCAGUCAGUAGAGUGGCAGAGACCGGACCUAAAACCAAAAGAGGUCCAUCUUUACAGAGAUGAGAAGGACGAUCUUGUGCUCCAGAAUCCAGUCUUCAGGGGAAGGACCUCACUGUUUAAAGAAGAACUAGAGAACGGCAACACUAGUUUAAAGUUGAUCAGAGUGAAACUCUCUGAUGCUGGAAACUACACCUGUUACAUUCCACUGCUGAACCACCAGAAAACCAUCAUUCAACUCCAUGUUGGUGAGUCAACACACCUGCUGACCACCCAAACCCCCUUAAGAGACAGAUCUCAUGAAAUCAAGGGUGCUGUGUCCAGACCAGUUAUCAUCAUUGGGGGAAUGGAAGGCGAUGAGGUGGUCCUGCGGUGUGAGGCUGAAGGCUGCUACCCAGAGCCUGUCAUGGAGUGGUUUGACGCUCAGGGACGUGUCCUCCCUGCUGCUGGACCUACAGAGACGUCCAGAGACCGUGAAGGCUGCUACACUGUGACAAGCCAUGUCAUCGUCCCGAAGUCUGACAACAACACCUUCACCUGUCGCGUUCAACAGUUGGAGAUCAAACACAUGAAGGAGAGACAGGUUCAUGUUCCAGAUCAAAUGUUUCCUAAGACGUGUCAUUCCUGCUGGCUGACAGUUCUUGGAGCAGUUCUUGUUGAAGCUGUAGCUGUAGCUGGAGGUCUCUACCUGUUGAUAAAAAAAGGGAUAUUUGACCUUCAGAAAAGAAGCGUGGACGUCAGUAAUGAAGAACAAGGAGACGACGAAGAAUGAGGAAGAUUAGGCCGGUGGCACAGCUAGCACUGCGAUGUUACAAGGACCUUAACUAUGACUACAUAGGAAUAUGCAUGGUUAUGUUUACAUUUUAGUAAUUUAGGAGACUCGCUUAUCCAGAGCAACUUACAGGAACAAUUAGGGUUAAGUGCCUUGCUCAAGGGUACAUUGGCAGACUUUUCAUCUUGUUGGUUCAGGGAUUUGAACCAUCGACAUUGGUUACUGGCCCCACGCUCUUAACCACUAGUCUACCUGCCACUCCAUAUAUGGCACUAGUCUACCUGCCACUCCAUAUAUAGCACUAUAUCAGAAGCAUUAGUUCUUUAUAUCAGACAUCUUUGGUGUAGUUUAUGUAGUCUGUAAUAGGUGCUGAUUUAUUUGACAGGGACAAUGCACAGGGACAAUGCACAGGGACAAUGCAUAUAGUGAAAGGACCAGCUAUUGCAUACAGAAGCAAUCAUUGCCUGGCUGAGUUGGUGAGAGACUUCUGUAUUGUCGGGGUCGCGACAGAGGUCACACGUAGGGAGUUGCAGAAGGGACAGUCUUAUCAGGCUCUUCUCAGGUACUAAGAUUUGUCUCUGGGGUCGUAAUGACCUUUAACUGUGCCAGUAAUCUGGAGGCUGAGUUGGUGAGGGUUACAUUGUUUCUCAAUCUUGCUCCUGGAGACCUAAAGGGGUACAUCGUUUUGUUUUGGGAAUCAAUGGAAUGGUAUCACACAUAUGGAAACCACAUGUUUGACUCCGUUCCAGUGAUUCCGUUCCAGCCAUUACAAUGAGCCUGUCCUCCUAUAUCUCCUCCCACCAGCGCCCACUGACUGGGUUAGAGAGUAAUGAUUGUUAACCUCUCGGAGGGGACCAUCACAGGAGACGUGAGGGCGACGGGUCUGUAGCGUUUGAGUUCCCAUGAAAAGAUGGGGGAAACACUCCCUAGAGUUUUCCUCGUCACUGCAACGAAUUUCCGAAGAUGUCGUUUUGAAAAUCAAGAGGUGGGGGGCUCUGAUAGAGGUGCUGGUUUAGAUACAGUGCCUUCGUAAGGUAUUCACACCCCUUCCCCUUUUCCACAUUCUGUUACUUUACAGACUUAUUCUAAAAUGGAUUAAAUAAAAUCGUCAUCAAUCUAGACACAAUACCCCAUAAUGACAUCACAAUACCCCAUAAUGACAUCACAUUACCCCAUAAUGACAUCACAUUACCCCAUAAUGACAAAAACGGGUAUUUAGAAUCUUUAGCAAAUGUAUUUAAAAAUAAAACCUGAAAUAACUUAUUUACCCAGCCAGGUACCAAAGAAUGCCAAAAAAAAAACACGAUUUAAUCCAUUUUAGAAUAAGGUUGUAAAUGUAAAAAAAUGUGGGAAAAGUCAAGGGGUCUAAAUAUUUCAUUUGGGGUCUAGAGAUUUAGGUAAAUCAGCCUUUGGUUUCUUUACGUUUGGAAUAUUCAACAAUGCACUAAGAUUUGAGGAAUUGGUGCCUCGAGGUCAUUUUAUUGUUUUUUAAAAUUGUAACCUUUAUUUAACUAGUCAAGCCCGCUAAGAACAAAUUCUAUUGGACUCCCAAGCACAGCCGGAUGUGAUACAGCCUGGAUUCGAACCAGGUACUGCAUUGACACCUCUUGUUCUGAGAUGCAGUGCCUGAGACAACUGAGCCACUCUGAAAGCCUGUUUGUUUUAUAUGAUCGUAUUUAGCUUUUCGUGUAUUGUAGUGUAUAAUUGUAUUUAUUUGAAGGUGUCAUGUGUUUAUUGUAUUGUGGUGCUGUACAGGACUCACCUGGAAAAGAGACCUUUGUCUCUUUGACUCAAAAUAAAUGUGAAAUGAAAUGUUC